UUGCAGAUGGCUGUAACACCGUAUGCCAAGUAGUUUACAAUUAGGCUACAUCAGUAUUUCAAACAAAUUGUAGGCUACUUACAUUUCACUUACGGGUGACAAAUGCGUAUGUUUUUGAAGUGACUUUCUUUCAUCAGUCAACAAACCAAAAAGUCCCCAACUGGUUGUGGGGCACCUCAGACCCAGAGAAGAACACCUAUCUACAACACACAGCGGCAGCUGAACUUCCAGAGAGGUCCGGCUGUGCAGACACACACACUGCUCCACCAGGAGGCUUCCACUCACAACCUCACACUCUCACUAAGCCUGUCUCCCAGCCAACCACCUGAACCACCUGCUGGAUGUCCACUAUGGAAUCUCCAGGUCAGAAACGAGCCAGCCGCGGUGGGACUGCCACCCCACUCUCCCCAACCCGCAUCUCUCGCCUGCAGGAGAAGGACGACCUGUGCAACCUCAACGACCGGCUGGCCGUCUACAUCGACAAGGUGCGCUCGCUGGAGAUAGAGAAUGCUGGGCUGCGGCUGCGUAUCACAGAGUCCGAGACCGAGAUCAGCCGUGAGGUGACGGGCAUGAAGGUGGCCUAUGAGACGGAGCUUGCCGACGCCCGCAAGACCCUCGACUCGGUGGCCAAGGAGCGCGCCCGACUGCAGCUGGAGCUAGGCAAAGUCAAGGAGGAUUACAAGGAGCUCAAAGUCAGAAAUGGGAAGAAGGAGUCAGACCUAGAGGCAGCUCUGGCCCGGCUGAGGGAUCUAGAGGCUCUGUUGAACUCUAAAGAUGCCUCUUUGUCCACUGCCCUGGGGGAGAAACGCUCUCUAGAUGCUGAGGUCAGGGACCUAAAGGCCCAGCUAGCCAAGCUGGAGACCGGUCUGAGCGAUGCUAAGAAGCAGCUUCAGGAUGAGAUGCUGAGGAGAGUGGACGCUGAGAACCGCCUGCAGACCCUCAAGGAAGAACUGCAGUUCCAGAAGAACAUCUACGGAGAGGAGCUGAGGGAGUCCAAGCGCAGGCACGAGUCUCGCAUGGUGGAGAUUGACAGUGCAGGAACAAAGCAGGAUUAUGAGAGUAAGCUGGCUGAGGCCCUGAUGGAGCUGAGAGCCCAGCACGAGGAGCAGGUCCGCAUCUAUAAGGAGGAGAUCGAGAAGACCUACACCUCCAAGCUGGAGAACGCCCGUCACUCCGCAGACAGGAACAGUACCCUGGUGGGGGCGGCUCACGAGGAGCUGCAGCAGACCCGCGUGCGGAUGGAGGGCAUGUCCUCCCAGCUCAGCCAGCUGCAGAAACAGCUGGCGGCGAGGGAGGCCAGGGUGCGUGAGCUGGAGGAGUCUCUGUCCCGGGAGCGGGACACGAUGCGCCGGCGCCUGGAGGACAAGGAGAGGGAGAUGGGGGACAUGCGCAUGCGAAUGCAGCAACAGCUGGAUGAAUACCAGGAGCUGCUGGACAUCAAACUGGCCCUGGACAUGGAGAUCAGCGCCUAUCGUAAACUGCUGGAGGGAGAGGAGGAGAGACUGCGUCUGUCUCCCAGCCCUCCCCCAACCCGAGUCACCGUGUCCCGUACCACCGGCUCGGGCUCAGCACACACCCAUACCACCCGUACCUCGGGCUCAGGACAUAGCCACAGCGCCCGAGUGGUCCAGUCCACCAGCGGCAGCCGCAACUCCUCAGGCACGGCUAGCGCCAAGAAGAGACGGCUCAAUGACAACGACAGCGAGACCUCCAGCCUGGCGGGGGGCGCCGUGACGCGUACACGCAUUGCCCAGCAGGCCUCCGCUAGCGGCCGCGUCACCGUGGACGAGGUGGACCUGGAGGGGAAGUAUGUCCGCCUCAGCAACAAGGCCAACGAGGACCAGCUUCUGGGCCACUGGCAGGUGAAGAGACAGGUGGGCACCAGCACCCCCAUCGUCUACAAGUUCCCCCCCAAAUUCAACCUCAAGGCAGGACAGACCGUCACAAUUUGGGCUUCAGGAGCAGGCGGCACCCACAACCCCCCCUCAGACCUGGUGUGGAAGACCCAGAACUCAUGGGGCAGCGGAGACCUGUUCCAAACCAUCUUGGUCAGCGCCAAUGGAGAGGAAAUGGCACAGAGGAAGGUUACACGCACCCUGUUCCAGGAAGAUGAUGACGAUGAUGGCAACCACAGUGCGUGCGGUGUGGACAGUGACUACAACCUGCGGAGCCGCACGGUGGUCUGUGGCUCAUGUGGCCAGCCGUCUGAUAAGAGCUGUGCCACCUCAGGGGUGUCCAGUGGCUCCUGCUCCAUCAGCAGUGGAGGAGGUCUGCCUGAGGGCCUGAUGUCUCCCCUCUUUAUAAUGGGUAGCAACUCACCCAGACAGGGAGGUCCCAGACCGGAGAACUGCUCCAUCAUGUAAAGCCAGGCAGGCACCAACUUACCUGGACAAGUACCCCCCACACCACACAUGGAUGGGAGAUGCCUUUUUUUUAAUUACUUUUUUAUUUCCUUUGUUUGAUGUAUGAUCUGUCUUAUUUUGUAUGACAUAAUCUGCAGGUUAGAUUGCCUUUGGUGUUUGGCAAAAGUUGUGUAUUCACUUCAGAUAUAUGAGCUUGUAUAUUCUAGUUAUUGCAUGUGGGCUGGGCAGAUGCUUUCACUGUUUAGGGCCAUAUCUAGGGAGAGAGGCACAGAAAGCACCUUUAACCAUUACAGUGGACUUUGAUCCAUAGUGGGCUUUUGCGUCAUGUCUAAACUGUCACAACACUAAACACGCACAGCAGCAAACCCUGCUAUGAAUCAGUGGAUAUGGGGCUGGAACCAGGGAUCUCUGGCCUGGUAUUUCAAAUACACUACCAUAGAAUGUCCUGAAUGUCACUAAAUGGAGAUGGAUUGAACCCCCUCUGACCGCUAGAGGAUUAUGGGGGUUUGUAUUAGACUGAGCGAUGGGAUUGGUCAUUCUAAAGCCAUAGUUACAAAGAGGAGCUCAAACUUGACACUGCCAUCAAGUGGUUUAUAUUUCUGAACACAAGACAGUAGUUUUUUAUGGAAUGACAUCUAUAUUAUUACUCAUGAAACAAUCAGACAACUAUGGUAAUAUGGAUAUAGGUUCCAAAUUGUGACUUGUUUUCACAGGCUUGAAAGAGGUAUGUAGUUGUUAAAGAAAGGAUACCAAAACGAGAUGAGCACACAGACAUGGGGAAGACCAAGUAGUACUGUAUUGUAAAGUUGAGUACGGUCUUGACAUGACCUCUGAACUCCAGAAAUAGUUUCCUCUUAGAGGUUGAUAAUUAUUGUCUGACCUCACCUUUGUCUUGUAUGACAAAACAGUUAUGCCACGCUUUUUUGUUUACGCAGUUAUACUGUAGGGCAACUCAUCCAGAUCUAGACAACAAAAAUAUGAUUUGUAUGGAUUAUUUUGCUUUUUGAAUCUGAGAUAAUUGCCAGAUGGAUUAUAGUAAUGUUACUGUAACCUUGUAAUAUUGACCUUCCAUUUUUAGGUUUGAGGGAAUGUGGCAGCUUGAGAAAUAGAUGUUCUGGUUUGUCAGACUCUAAAGACAGAAAUUGUCUGAGUUGGAAGUGUGUUGAUUUUAAAUGAAAGUACAAUGCUUACCUUCUCGUGACAGCAGUGCAACAAUGUGUACAUUCUGUAACUUAGUAUCAGGUGUAGUGUCAGAAAGAAUGGGUACAGAUAGAAAGUAAACCUUGGACAAGUAAGCCUGAGCGGUGCGCGCGUCUAAUUUCUUUACAAUUACCGGUAUAUCAAAAAUGAGCUACAAUCAUCUACAAAGAUUUAUCCACUGAAUAUAUUAAUAGGGGCAUGUACAGUAGUCUGGCAGCCUUUUUAUAGGAUGUAUAAGCAGUGAAGAGUUUCUGAGAAUACUUGAUACUUUAUGAAACAUUUAAGCUUUUUUUGUACUUCAUACACAUUUCUAUCACUACCAAUUUGGAGAAAAUGUGAUUAUUCUCACUGCCCCAGACAUACCUUAGAGAAGCUCAAUAAUAUUUUUUACUUAUAGAUAUAUAAUUACUUUUGUCACUUUUCAGCAUUUCUUUUCUCAUCAUGUCUCAAGUGCCUUAUUGAUACCUGCUAGUGAUCAUUGGAAAUUAUGUAUUCUUUUUGCAUUAUGAGGUGUCAAUUCCAAAGAUAUGCGAUAUUUUGUCUUUAAAGACAAUGGAAUUUAUAGAUUUACACAGUAUGUUGCAUAUUUGUACGGAAAUUGCCCUUGUACAUAAUGCUCAAUUGAAUUUGUAAGAAAUGAUUAUACCUAAUCAGGGAGAAUGAAUUAGUGAUGAUUUACCAGCCUUUUCUGUUCAAGAAGACAUAAUGAAAACUAUUUUCCCAACAAAUGCUGUCUUGUGGUUGACUUCUUAAUAAAAUGUCAUCUGUG